ACCUGAGUUCGAAUUUCGUGCUCGAAAAAAUCCUAACCUAACUAAUAUGGUCUAUUAAUUACAUAUCUUGAAUUAUGAUAAUCGAAUUAUCGAUUAUUUUAAAUUCGUAAUCACUAUGAUCCAUGAUUAUCACUACCUAUGAUACCAUGUUUGGGAUAGUUUCAAUUUAUUUUAUAGAACUUAUAACUCUAUUGAAUCACCUUUAAAAAUAUAAUUGUUAUAAAUUAUAGAGGGGUAGGCCUGUAGUAUAACGUAGGUCUAAGAAAAUAUGGAUUCAGAUGAAGAUGAAGAACUUUUUCCUAUUGAGUGUAUUUUAUUUUUUACAAGAACGACAUUUAUUAUGGAACUCGGAUAUUUCAAUACAAUGAUCCAUUUCUGGUAUCAGGUGUCUUAAGGUCAGUUGUGAUGGAAGAUUUGGAGAAAAUUAAGGAGUUAAUAGCAUUUGGACACUCUGUCAACAUCAAUGACAAUCAUGGAAAUACGCCACUCCAUGUAGCUGUGAUAAAGAAAAAUUUAAGUAUUAUAAACUUUCUCCUUGCUGAAGAAGACACAGUCAUAAAUCCCAGGAACUUUCAAGGACAGACACCUCUGUUUCUUGCCGUGAAAAGUGGCAGUUUUGAGUUGGCACAGUGUCUUGUUAAAAAUGGAGCCGAUGUGAAUCUACCAACUUAUGAAGAUGUAACACCACUUCAUAUUUCUGUUCAGUUUCCAAACAUCACCCAAUUAUUGAUUACAAAUGGGGCUAAAGUGGAUAGUUCAGAUUAUACCGGUGAUACUCCCUUACAUGAUGCUGUAGAUGUCUGUCAUUUGGAAACUGUAUGCAUGCUUUUAUUCUAUAAUGCAGAUGCUAAUAUUCAGGGAAACUUCAACCUAACCCCAUUUAUGAAAGCUCUCAUCCAAGAAGGUUAUGCUUUGCAAGAAGCUUUAUUUGAAUAUGUGAAUGAAUUUAAUAUUUUAACUGAAGAUGGGGUAAGUACGUUAGAUCUGGCCCUGACCCACGAUAAUAUUUUUGUUGAAGAAAUAAUUAAGAGAGGAGCCAAAGUUGACUUAUCAGCUUACACGAAUUGCCUGAGGGCACCAAAUCCUGAAAAUUUUAAAAUUGUAUGGAAUAAACUGCCUCCCCAAGAAGCAAAAUAUGUUACUCUGGUGGAGUUGGCCAACAUUCUGGAUGAGAAUCAUUUUUGUUAUUACAUGGAUGUUAUUAUGGAAGAUUCAGACCCUUUGAUACUGUCGGUGAUUGCAGAAAAUAUUAAGAGUUGUGAUAUGGCUUUGAUAGUCGAUAAAUACUCAAAAUGUAAAUCUGUCCUAGAUAAACUAACAAAAUUUACAUUUAUUAUGCUUCAACAUGGUUACAAAAUGGAUAUCUUAGUUAUUGACACGAUUUACUCAAAAUAUGAAUACUGUGAACUAAUCAAAUUAUUACUAUUUAUCGACUAUGUUAGUGAAUGGUCUCCUCUUAUGAUUACUACAAGGUUAAUUUUUGAUAUAAAAAGUAGUGUGAAAAAGGUAUGCUAUGAUGUUACGUCUUCUUAUAAUAUUUCGACAAAUUUAUGUUUGCUUAGAGGAGAUAUAAUUAGGUCAUUCAGCUACUGGGUUUAUCCUCCUCUGGUAGAGCUCUAUAACACUAUAAAACAUCUUGAAUUCAGAAAUUCGGAUGAAGAUGAGUUUUCACAUAUUGUUGAACACUUACCAAAAAUGCCUUCAUUACUUGAAUUGGCUAGAGAUAAGACAAGAGAUCAUAUUGUCGAAAGAUUGAAAAUCACCACUGCUUGUCAAUACUAUACAGUGAUAAACCAUCUGGAUAUUUCGAAAACUUUCAAGAAAAUAUUAAUGUUUGAGACUAAAAUUUAUCAUAAUUAGACUUUGCGAAUAUGUUUUUGUUCUAAAUUUACCAUCAUAUAUACUUGUUGAAAACCCAUAACUAAUUCAAGUAACUUUAUUGUGAGAUUGUCACUGAACAGUUUACAAAAUCGUUAACUAUGCCUUACUAUACACUAGCUUCCUCAGGCUAUAUACACUAACUGAAUUCUACUAUUUGGUUCUUCACUGAAUUUUCAUAAUUCUUGAAUCUAUCAAUUCUCAAGCAUUCUCUUCCAAAUGUAACAUGACAUAAUCGUGCUUGAACUCACUCCCCUCUGCCAAAAGAUGGUUGUCAAGUGUGGAAUUGGCCUUCACAUUAAUGAAACUGCUAUGCAUCUGUAUUCUUUGGGAAAAGAAUCUUCCCUUUGGGCAAUGUAGAGUUUUCGGUAACAACCGCAAGUCAAUUUAUAUACUCUGGAUCUAUCCAACACUUAAGUUUGGUUUAUAUUGUAUUUAAUAAAUUAUUUGUUUUGUAAACCACACCCAAAUAUUCCUUUUUCUAAAAAUGACCGAUUUUAUUGGUGGGUUCUCUAAAGUAUGUCGAUGUCCUGUGAUGUUUGCUAUCUUUUCUUGAAGAGGGAUAGAGCUGGUAAACGGGUCAAUAAUAUGUACCUUGAUUUUCACUGGAUAGUUCACAAAACUGCAGCAUGGUUUUGCUAUAAAUUUCGUUCUCAAGUGUUUUCAUAUGAGAAUGCAAAACACUUAUUAUGUAAAAUGCCCAGUGAAAGUUUCACAAUAAAGUGUAACCUGAAUACCUUAUGAAUUUUAUCUGCAAAUUCCACCACAUAUGAUGAAACUCGGUGAUCUCUGAAAAUUACUUUCAGUACAAUAUUCGAUAGUAUCUGAAUCAGAUUCCCGCCUCGACCAGAUAUUUUUCUCGAGAGAAUUUAUCUGGUUGAAGCUGGAAUGAUUCUGCAACUGUGUUA